AUUGCGGACGCGAAUAAGUUUUCUCUUUUUCUUGUAAGAUUUAGUUGAAGAAUGUCCGAUUCAGUGAUUCGCUAUUCACUCACGGAUGUUGCAAAAUGCAACGGCAAGAAUGGAACGAGAACCUGGAUUGUGAUCCAUGACAAUAUUUACGAUGUGACGGAUUAUAUGCAACAGCAUCCAGGUGGUCCAGAAUUAAUUCAGGAAUAUGCGGGAAAAAAUGCUACGAAUGGAUUUGAUGACUUCGGGCAUUCUUCAGAUGCAAAAAAAAUGCUCAAAAAAUAUUUAAUUGGUGAACUUGAAGAUGAAGAUAAAAGUAUCAACAGAAAAAAGAACGCCUUUUCUAAUGGAAUAAAAGCGGAAGAGGUGUAUAAGCAAAAACGAAGAACUUUAUUAGCGAUGAUCUGUGGCAAAUGUAUACAUUGAAGAG